UUGUUGCAGUGGGAAGAUAUCACUCCUACUUAUCUCAUCCCAUUAUCCCCGUUUCUAUAUUAAAGAGUAAACAGCUCCUCCCCCGUGUGGGUGCCUUUCCUGCUACAUAUCUUCGAAUUCGCUCUACCUUGUCGUGUUCACUAUUCAGCAGCUCAUCUUCCUCGCAUCCACAGCAGCGGAAGAGGAACGUGAAAUUAUUUUCUAAGACUAUUCCUUACGUCUUUGCAAGUAAUCUUCAACCCCAAAAUUCAGAGAUGUUGGGCAGACUGAUGUAUUCCUGUCUUAUAGUAGUAAUUCUCCUUAAUGUUUCCAACGCAGUUUAUCACAUGGAAACAGAGGAUCAGGGUGUGGACAUGUCUACUGAGUUACGAAACCAUCCUGCAGCCAACUACGUAUUAAAUGACGGGUCGCCUUUGGUUGCUCACGUGCGGGAGUUUAUCCCUAUAGGUCUGAAACGGAAAAGAGAUCACACCCUUCAAAAACUUCUCAACCUUCUGAAAAAGGUUGCUGACCACCGUCAAAAACCAAUCCACAUCAUUGGCAAACACAUGAGGUUUGGAAUCAGCAAGAAGUGAAAAUCUUACAUGAACAAAAUGAAUUAACGACUUUAACACUUACUUUUAUUUUCUCAUUUAAUUUUGCUAGUUUUAUUUCUGUUUUUUGCUUAAUUAAUUAUUCGCACGAUAGAUCUGAGGUUAAUAAUUAAAGUUUUGAUGAUUAAUUAUUUUUAUUAAUACAAAUUAACGUUGUUACCUUCGUUAAAAAUUUACGACUUCAACUAAGGCUCUUUUGGGCCAGUUAUAUAAUAUAAAAUUGGAUUAUUUAAAAUAAUAACCUAAAACAUUUUCAUUUUCAUAUCUAUAAAUUUUUUAUGUAAGUUAUACUGUAACGAUUCCAUAAACCUCAAUUUAUAAUACGUUAGAUAAAUAUUUGUUAGGAAUUUGUAAUUGUGUAAAAAUAAAAGGCCUAAAAAACCAUGUCACUUUAAUACCUGAUACUUUAUUAGAGAGAUUUUACUUUAUUUGUAUCUUUUUGUUAACCUUAUCAAAUUUCUAAAUAGGUGUUCUUUGAUCAAUUAGAACGUUAAUUAUUUUUAUCUUAGAAGCUAUCUUUUGUA